UUCAAGAUUCCAUGGAAAUGCCUACGAAGAAGCAGAAUUCUGGUGAUGAUUUUGGAUUCAGCGACCUAUCAGACGAAGUUUUUCAUCGCAUUCUUAAUUUCAUUGAGAUGAGGGACGUUGCGAGACUAAGCGUCGUAUCAAAAAGAUGCCGAGAGUUGUGCAUUUCAAACCCUAGAUUGUAUUUGAGUAACAUCAGCUCCAAAUCAGGUGGACCUCGCUUCAACAGCUAUGUGGAUAGGUUCAUGGCUCUCCGCUGCGUGCACGGGGUGAAGACGGAGCGCUUUGUGCUCCGUUGGUCUUUCGAAGGAAGCGUUGAUCAAGACGAAGAAUACCGGGUGGAGACGUGGUUGCAGAAUGCAGUAAACUUGGGCGGCGUUACAGAAGUUCGCCUGAAAUUCUUUCUCCCCGGUCCUCAACACUUUGCCUUGCCGCUUUGUGUUCUGCGUUGUAAUUCCCUAACGUUCCUCAACAUCGACGGCGGGAAUACCCUUCUCAAAUUACCCUCAGCUCCUCCCUAUUUUGCUACAAAGCUCCAACGCUUACAUUUACAUCACGUUGGAAUCAAAAACGACUUCAAUUUGGGAGAAUUGCUUUCAUGUUUCAUGUCCCUCAAGGUAUUGAAGCUUGACAACAUUUGCGGGAUGAAGGGUAUGACUAUCACCAACUCGUCUAUUGAGAUUUUGUCAAUAACAAGCGUUGAUCGUCAGCUCUGCGAUGUUGAGAUUCAGCAGCUACACAAACUCUACGACCUUAAGCUAGUCUGGAUUCCCAAAUCCUCUAGUAGAACAUCACUGAAAAUCUCUGCUCCCAAUCUCCAAAGAUUUCAGUGGGCUGGAAUUACUGUCGAUGACUACUCUAUGAGGGAUUCGGCUGAUCUUUUGCAUGCCAUAAUUCAACUACCUGCUCAUUCGAGGGGGAAUCAUAACUUGGUUAAGAUUCUUCAAAGCGUACAAAAGGCUAGACAUCUAGAACUAUAUGAUUGUUUUGUUGAGAUGUGAUAAAUUGUCGCUUCCCAUCCAAUUCUACAGAGGGUAUUCUUCGAAGUUUUUAUACCCCAACACAUCAUUUCAUCCCAGCAGAAUAUGCUUACUAAAACCACAUUGGAAAAAUAAGUGGUCUCUCCCCUCUACACAACAACUGCAGAAGACACAAAGAACAUUGCCAUUAUAGCCCCAUUUUUGCAUCCUCGACUAUCUCUAACACUAAGCCAUGUAAGAAAAGCUUGCAACAAUUGGAGACCAAACCAUCUACCGCCAACCCACAUCCAUACCCUUCCCUUCUUAUUGCAUUCCGGGGCUCAGAUUCCUUUUUUUUUAAUUUUUUUUAUUUUUUUAUGCAGUCCAAAUUGGUUCAUUCUUUACUCCUAUAGGCACCAAAUGGUGAGAAAUUUGGAUAGAGACCAAAUCUUCUUAUCUUGCUGGUUUUUCUGAUCUAUAAUAACAGUUGAGAAUUUAUGAUCAAUCUUAAUUCCUGCAUCAUAGAUAACCAGUGAGCCUUAUGUUUGAUAAAGUACCCCAGCUGCAGCUGGAUGCUAAUGAUCAAGCCAAAGGUAGAUGUCCUUGCCAUCACCCCCCACUUUGAAUUGAAUAAAUUGUCAAGCAAUGUUCCUCAAUUUCAAAACUUUCUUGCUGCACCACGGGCAGUUUUGGGGAAGUAUUAACUAACCAGAAACUCCUCCCUCUAAUAUUUGAAAGUUCAAUAAUUGUUUUUCUUCAAGAUUAAUAUUUUUGAAAGUUUUGAAUGUUACAACUCUUGUUUAUUUCUUCUUUUUCUUUAAAACUAUAACAAAUUUAAUUUACUUUGGAGUGAUUUAUUUGUGUAUGUUAAGGUACAUGCCAUU